CUCAAAAGGAUGCAUUCUCAACUCAGGAAGAGAUAGUAAAAAAAGAAUCCGAGAUCAUAUCUCUCAAAUCUGAAUCAACGAAUAUAAAGAAUGAACUAAUGAAUACAAAGGAUGAAUUAGCUUUAAAAAUUAAUGAAAUUGAGUAUUUAGGUGCUUUACGCCCUGCUUCACAGAAAACAAAGGAUAUAUUGGAUCCUAUGAUUAGGGGAGGUACAGAAAUAAAUAUGCAGAGUGAGGAACAAAGUUUCAUAUCGAAUUCUGGAGAUACAUUGGAGGAAUCAGAGAUUCGAGGCUAUGCCUCAUCUAAAA